CCUACUUUUGAAGCAUGCGAACUAAGUAGUAAUAAGUCGGGGGUCAGCUCUAUGAGAUUCUCGUGUGCGGGCUUAAGUAAAGAGAAAGACUACUUAUAGGGACGUUGUUUCCUCAAAGAGAGAACUUCUGCGUAUUAAUUCGGGCUUGAUAACCGUUAAGACGCAUCGUCUUAUGCUCGACACCUGGGAUUACGCAUCUAUUUCUUGACAUCAAAUUAUCCUCGUACCUCGAAGAACCCUUUCUAAUUCAGCCAUGGUCACUUUAUCCGCCGUCGAGGCAUCCAACUCGAGAAUCUCCACCGCCCUUCCUGCUGGUUUGGUGGCGGUCUUUGUCGGCGCCACGAGCGGCAUUGGGGAGUAUGCUCUCAAGGAAUUUGCCCAACAAGCCAAGGACCCGAAGAUAUAUCUUGUAGGCCGUUCUGAGGAUGCAGCGAAUCGUAUCAUUGCCGAGUCUAGGGACUUAAAUCCCACUGGGCAGUACACAUUUAUUAAAUCGGACAUUAGUCUUCUCAAGAACGUCGACAAGGUGUGCCAACAGAUCCUCGCCAAGGAAGAUUCUAUCAAUCUUCUAUUUCAGACUCAGGGUACCCUACUUAUGGAAAAAACGUCAGAAGGGCUCGCCAAGUCCUAUGUCCUUCCAGUCACAUCACGCAUUCUCUUCACCCUCAAUCUCCUGCCCGCUCUCCAGAAAGCAAAUUCCCUCAAACGCGUCAUCUCAGUCUUCGCAGGCGGUUUCGAAGGGCCAUUCAACGACAAAGAAUGGACCGAAUACCCAAUUAAACACCCCUUGAAAUCCCGAGCUCACAUAGCGUCGAUGAUUACCAUGGCACACAAUUCGAUGGCACGACAGGCACCCGACGUUACCUUCAUCCACAACUACCCAGCGGGUGUCAAGACAAACUUUGGCAAGGAUCUUGGGAGUUGGACAAUCCCAGCUAGAGCAGUGUUCGGCUUGAUUGGUCCCAUCUUUUUGAAGCAUAUUUCUUCUACGGAAUGCGGAAUAAGGCAGGUGUACGGCGCUACUAGCGCGAGGUUCCCGCCAGCUGAGGGUAGCGCUGCUGGUGUUCCCCUCGCGGAUGGCAUUCCUGUUGCUAAAGGCUCAGAUGGACAGCUAGGAAGUGGUAGUUACACUAUCAACUUCGACGCUGAGAAUGUGUCGGAUAGAGUAUAUGAGCACCUUGCUAAGGCAAAAGCUGAUGGCGCUGAAGAGAGUUUAUGGGCACAUAUUCUCGGAGAAAUCAAAGGAAUCACGGGCAAAAGUUACUAGUCUUCUCCGUUUGUGUAGACUUGGUACUUUUGUGAGCUGGCAUGGGCGCCGUGGGGUAGGAAGAUAGCGAAGGAGCUUCAACGAUGGCGGCGAUGGGG